AUGCCGUCGUCAGACUACAGCAACGCCGUCGGCGGCGGGCUGAAACUGAAAGGCGGCGGAGGUGGAGGCGUGGACAAGAAGAAAAAGAAGAAGAAGGCCAAAAAGCCCACGGAAGACGGGGAGAACGAGAAAGAGGCAGACAUCCGCGACGAAGGUCAGGGGGAAGAAGACGGUGCAGGACAAUCCACAGCCCUCCAAAAAGCCCUCGCCGAAGAAGAGAAGACGACUACUGGAAAGGAUUCUGAUGCGGCGGCGGAGACGGAGGUGAGGGAGUACGGCAAGACGGAGGCGCAGAGGCGGUUUGAGGAGAGGAGGAAGAAGAGGUUGGACGAACGACUCAAGAAAGAGGGCGUGCAGACUCACAAGGAACGCGUGCAGCAGUUGAACAAGUACCUUUCGACGCUGAGCGAGCAUAAUGAUAUGCCGCGUAUUGGACCUGGUUAA